GUUUUUCAUGCCAAACUCACCCAUUAACUUCCGCUCCAAUCCAUCAUUCUCAGCUGAUGGCUACCCGCAACAUACAAAUUAAUUGACCUUGCUGUAACAUUAAAACCUACUUAGGAGGUCCGAAGUACUUCGAUUCCUGCUGUUUAUUAGCACAACCUUUGUGCACAUUAAAUCAGCAAAACACAUCAAUUAGCGCCGGUAAUUGCAUUAAUAAAGCACGCUUAUUACGUAUCGCGUCCAGUUGAGUGGCAUGGAGACCUGCAUGGAUGCGGACCGGCUCUACCAGCAGGACCCCAAGCUGAAGAAAAGCGACGUGGAAAUGCUGGCGAUGUGGAGCAAACAACAGCGGCAUUUUCCGAGAGUUGAAGAGGUCCAGAUCGCGUUGGCUCUCCACGCGUGCUUCUACAGCGUGGAGCAGGCAAAGAGCUGCUUGGACAACUACCUGACGAUCCGAGGAAUGUGUCCGCAGCUUUUCGCAAAUGGAAACCCCGAUAAAGACCCCGCGUUGAAGAUGGCAAUGAGCGUCAACGGCUUUGCGAUCCUGCCGGACAAGACGAAGGAAGGCUACACGGUCCUCCUGACCAGACUGAUUGACCCCAAUCCGGACCGAUACAACCCCCAAGUGGGGUCCAAAGUCUUCGACAUGUUGGUGUUGCGACACAUCCACUUGGUAGGGCCCGGGAAUGGGCUGGUGGUGAUCAUCGACAUGAAGGGCGGAGUGUUUGGACAUCUGACUAAAAUCAACCUUGGCGAGCUCAAGAAGUUUCUGAUUUACCUGCAGACUGCCAUGCCCAUAAGGCUGAUGGCCGUCCAUUUCAUCAACGUGGUUCCGUUCAUGGAUAAAAUCAUGGCCGCAAUCAGGCCCUUCAUCAGCAAGGACAUGUUCUUGAAGCUAAUUAUCCACGCAAACAACGACAACCUGUUUAAAUAUAUACCGAAGGAAAUGCUGCCGGAGGAAUACGGGGGACGAGCGCAAUCUGUAGAUUUGCUGUUUGAAAAGUGCAAGCAGCUAAUCUACGACUCUCUUACGUUUUUCGAGUUUCAAGACACCAUGAUAACGGACGAGAGCAAGCGAAUCGGGCCUAGAAAAAAUGCGGACAGUCUAUUUGGGUUCGAUGGAAGUUUCAGGAAAUUGGCGGUGGACUAGUGGGAGCGAACGGCAACGGGAAAUGGCUCGUUUAGAGCACUAGUGUUCAUAACACUCAAGAGGGCGGCGAAUCAAUCAAAUCCCAUUAACUGUAAAGUUUAUUUCUGAGAAAAUAAUAAAUCUCUUACAAAUAUAGUUCUCUUACAGAUGCGUAAA